AUGGCGUAUCAGCAGAACCAGUGGCGCGUGUGCGUUGAGUUCCUGAAGGCCAACCAGCCGGGCCACGGGCGCAUCAUCCGGCUGAACUAUGCGCCAAACGGCGUGCCGCCGCAGCUGAUGGGGCGCAUCCACCCGGCCUUCUGGCAGGCAUUCAUGGAGGAGGCGGGGCAGCUGAGCCUGCGGCACCCCUUUGUCGCCCGCCCCUCUGCCAAGAACUACUGCACCUGGGCCGCCUGCUUCGGGCUGGGUGCCGUGGUGGGCCUCUUCUGCAUCUCACCCGACGCAGGCGACUACGGCGUGUGGGACCAGGAUUGCCGGCGGUUUGUGGCCCGCUGGGCGCCCGGUUGGGCGCAGGCGGGAUGCACGCUGUCGGUGCAGCACGCCCGGGACUGGUGGCUGCAGAUCGACCUCAACCCCUCGUUUGCUGUGGGCCAGCCAGUGGCGCCGCCCCUGCCGCCUCCGCUGGCCCCGCAGCAGCCGCCGCACCCGGCCCGGACCAGCAGCAGCAGCGACCAGCAGCAACAGCAGCUGCAGCCUGCAGCCAAGCCGCCCAAGGUGGUGUAA